GUAUGCUCUUAGCUGUGUGAUGGGGUCGCCGCCGCCUCCGAAUUCGCCAUCGAAAGAAUCGACGCCGCCGCCGAGAAGGCACCCGCAGACUUUGCCUCCUGCUCUACUUGCUUGGUGUCCGGCGAUUGUGCCUCCUUGGUGUCAUCCUGCUCUCCUUCCACACUGGUCUGCUUUGCCGAGGUUGUUGGAUUCUAUUAAAAUGCCACCACAGGGCAGGUCAUCCUCCUUUCACAUCGUUGACAUAUUGGAUUUGAACGACCCGGCGAAAACCCAACAGCCCGAAGGACCUACUAUAAAUGCUAACCAUGGACCUGAUGUUUUUCCAGGGGGAGAAUUUACCAAUCUCCAACAACUGGGAACACACCCAAGUUUACUUUUUGCCGGCGGGCAAGUUACCACACCAAUGGAAGCUUUACACCACCAUUGGGGAAAUUCUAUACCAGAACUAAGAGGUCACCAACAAGCCAGUCCUGAUAGCACCUCGCCCGGAGGUGUUUCCGAUUUGACCGAAACGGGACCUUUGAUGCACAAUGGCGUUCCUUCUCCCGGUUUGAAAGAACAAAUAGAAGAAGAUGAAGACGACCAGCCGAGAGAAGCGAUGCAGCCGGGUUCAGGGCAUAAAAAAAGAAAACGGCGGGUCCUCUUCAGCAAGCAGCAGACGUUCGAACUGGAAAGGCGUUUCCGUCAGCAGAGGUAUCUAUCAGCCCCCGAGAGAGAACACUUGGCCUCCAUAAUCAGCCUCACGCCGACGCAAGUCAAAAUAUGGUUCCAGAACCAUAGGUACAAGACCAAAAGGGCUCAACAGGAAAAGGGAAUGCACAUGGAUGGAGGACACAACGCGGGGCUGACGUCGCCGAGAAGAGUUGCCGUACCCGUACUGGUACGCGACGGCAAACCGUGUACCUCCGGCCCGAAGGACCAAGUUAUCCCAUCAUACCCACCCAUCCACCAUCCGGCUCACCGCAGUUGGUGGGGCGUCACAUAAACCAAUUGAACAAUUCAAUUUGAUCUCUCUACCAAAGCAUGUGAUACAAUUCAUAAAUUUUCAUGUUAGUCAUUUGGUGUAAUAUACAUGUCAACAGUUUAUCAAAAAAAUCGGAUUCUUCAUGGGUUGUGUUCGUUUUUGUGAAAUUUAAACAAAAAUUAUUUAGUUUUGAGGAUAUAAAUUCUAAUGGGGUACUUGCACAGCUGUAUUACAUUAUUAAAGUGAAUUUUAACAACAAAAAAUCGCCAUUUUAUAAUGAAUGAUUCUAUGAGAACGAUAUUGAUUAUAAGUCGAAGAACGCAGGCACCCCAUGCUACCGAUAGAAUUUGUCAUAUUUAUCGUGCAAGUAAUUUUUAAGCAGCGAUUUGCACCUUAAUAGUUGUAGCUAAGUAUUCGUCGAUAAUUUCCAUAAUGUGUAUUAUAUAUAUAUAAAAUGUGAUUUUCAUUCAGGCAGUGUAAAAUUAAUUUGUAAAUAGAGAGGAUAUAGAAAGAUAUAUAGAGCCUUAUUUAUUGUUCUGUAAAUAUUAUAGAUAGCCAAUAAAAUGUCCAAUGAUAA